AAGAAUGUCAUCCAAAAGUGGGAGCAGCUUCGCCCAGGCUCGACGCAUGGUGCAGCAGCUUCGGAUAGAGGCCAGGAUCGACAGGAUAAAGGUAUCCAAGGCCUCCUCUGACCUCAUGCGCUACUGCAGUGAACACGCCAAAUAUGACCCUCUGCUUGUGGGCAUACCUGCUUCAGAAAAUCCCUUCAAAGACAAGAAACCCUGCAUCCUUCUAUAGGCCAACCUAUACCAGCAGUACCCCGACAGUUCAGACCUAUUUUUUCGCUACAGUUGAUAAGCAGAUGACUUCCCCGCCUUCGAGCAGGAUUGCAGAUAAGAGGACCAAAGCGGUGGAUCAAACAGAAAUUAUUUGAGGUUGCCUUAAAAGAGCUAGCAAGCACAUUUGUCUCACUUAAUUGUUAUCUAAAGUGAUCUUAAGGGGCUAGUGAAAAGGAGGGGUACAACUUGAAUAGGGGAGAGUGUUUUGGGCUUAUUAUCCCAGCAUGCGAUUCUCAGUUCGUCAAGGUUCAUCUCCUCUCGCCUCAAAUGUGCUAGUAAGAGGAAACGUUGCUGAUACACAAAUAGCAAUAUCCUGUAUAAGAAACCUUGUCUGGUCUAUUGUUAUGGCUUAAUUCCAAAGGGAUACCAAUUUAAAGGCCCUACAACUGAUUCAAUUGUUGUACAAUUGUUUCCCAUGUAUUUAAGUAAAAUUCA